AAGUCCCCCUCCUCCAUCGACCAUCACCAUAAACCCAGGAUGUCCACGCAGCACGAGCACGAGGAAGACGACCUUGUCCCCACCUCCACCCCCGGCUACAAGCCCGGCGCGGCGAAGAGUGUCGACGAGUACGCGAAGCUCGAUGCUGAGGACGAGAGUCUCGCGCGUUGGAAAGCCAGCCUGGGCAUCGUCCCCGGUUCGGCCACCAGUGGACAAGGUCCCAAGGUUACCAUUUACAGUCUGGAGCUCGCUUCCACUACCCUCCCCCCGGGCAAGGAGCUCGUGAUGAACCUGCAGGAUACGAAUCAAAUCGCGAACCUGAAGAAGAACCCUAUCACGAUCAAGGAGGGCGUCGAGUUCAACGUCCGCAUUAGCUUCAAGGUGAACCACUCGAUCAUCUCGGGUGUCCGAUACAUCCAAGUGGUCAAGCGGUCGGGCAUCAAAGUUGACAAGAUGGAGCAAAUGCUUGGCUCGUACGGGCCGCAUCCCAAGGGGGAGGCCUAUGUCAAGAACUUCGACCCCGAAGAGUCACCAUCCGGCAUGUUGGCUCGCUCCGGGACGUACUCGGUCCGCAGCCGUGUCGUCGACGAUGACGGCGAGGUCUACGCCGACUGGGAGUGGAGUUUCAAAAUCGGAAAGGAAUGGUGAAGGACCGCUCUCGCAUGUAUUUGUCUCGCAUCUAUAUCCUGCAUAUCUUUGGUUUGGUCACAAUCGGUGUAUCGGAAUAACGGAAUACAUGGAGGAGAGCUGUUCAAGCACGUCUAGUGUAUUCAGCGUGCUCGUCUCGUCCUCGUGCUGUGUC